AUGCCUGGGGAUGUUCAGCCAAGUGUAAGGCUAUUUAGAUAUAUGGAGAUGCCCAUUUUAGUGAGUUUCCUGGUGUUGCAGUUAUCUUACGGCACCUACAAUACCGCAGAAUUGAAGAUUACAGUGCAAAAACAGGGGGAGGCUGGUCGCCUAGGCGCCAGCGUGCCACCGCGUAAGCGCUAUACCCAGAUGGUGUUACGUCUAGGUCAUUUAUUAUUUAGUUGUAGGUCAUUUAACAUCUCCAUCGCGAUCGCCCGACAAGGCGAUCUGGCGCACUUGGCAGAGGAAACAAGGCAGCUGGGCGCAUUGGCGGCGUUGCUUAUAACAGUCACCGUGCUUGGCUAG